UUUUUUUUUAAUUUAAUUUUUUUUUCCGAGUCUUCUUGUAUAAAUAGGUCAAGAUGUCUGGUAUAUUUAAGAAAAAAGAUAAUUAUGUAAAUACUCCAGGCAGAAAUAAUAUUCAACAUAGUACCACCACUGCCAAUUGGGGUGAUGAUGAAUAUGCUCAAAUCAUUGAAGGUGUCAAGAAGAUUUAUAAAACAAAGAUUAAGCCUUUAGAGGUGACAUAUAAUUUUGAAGGUUUUCAUUCUGCACCUUUGACAGAUUCUGAUAUUGAAGCUAAGCCAAUGGUUUUAUUACUUGGUCAAUAUUCCACUGGUAAAACAACAUUUAUUCGAUAUUUAUUAGAUAAGAAAUAUCCUGGUGAACAUAUUGGUGUGGAGCCUACAACCGAUCGUUUCCUUGCCGUCAUGAAUGGUCCUGAAGAUCGUGUCAUUCCUGGUAAUGCAGCAGCUGUUAAUCAAGAAUUACCUUUUUAUGGCUUGAAUCGUUUUGGUCAAGCAUUUUUAUCUAGAUUUCAGGUCUCUGAGACACCUUCACCUGUAUUAGAAAAUAUGACGAUUAUUGAUACACCAGGUAUUUUAGCAGGUGACAAACAACGUAUUGAGCGUGGAUAUGAUUUUACACAAGUAACUGAGUGGUUUGCGCAACGUUCUGAUUUGAUCCUUUUAAUGUUUGAUUCAUAUAAAUUGGAUAUAUCGAACGAAUUCAAGAUGGCAAUUCAAAGUUUAAGAGGACAAGAGGAAAAGAUUCGAGUUAUAUUGAAUAAAAGUGAUAUGGUCAAUCAACAGCAACUCAUGCGUGUUUAUGGUGCCAUGAUGUGGUCUCUCGGUAAAGUAGUUCAGACACCAGAGGUCAUGCGUGUCUAUUUAAGUUCAUUCUGGACAGAGAAGCCCGCCAACUGUUUCGAUGACUGUCGUGAGUUGAUUGAAGCAGAAUCAAAGGAUCUUCUUGUGGAUUUGAAGGAAUUGAGAAGAAAUGCAGCUAUUAGAAAGGUAAACGAGAUUGUGAAAAGAGCUCGUUUAGCAAGAGUUCAUGCUAUUAUCAUUGGCCAUCUUAAAAAGGAGAUGCCAUCCAUGUUUGGUAAGAAAAAGGCUCAAGAAAAAUUAUUGAAGAAUCUGGAUCAAGAGUUUAUAAAGAUCCAAAACAAACAUCAUUUACCCGCUGGUGAUUUCCCUAAUCCGGAUAGAUUCAGACAAAAUUUAGCUUUAUAUGAUAUUGAUAAAUUUAAAUCGCUCAAGGAGGACUUGAUCCAAAGAGUCGAUGAAGCACUUGCUGUCGAUUUACCAAAGAUCAUGUCUCGAUUCCCUAUGGGGAACCCUGAACUUGAAAAGUCACAAUUAAACCCAUUUGACCUUCCUGAAACAAGUUUUAAAGAAGUCGUGAAUGGUCAAUUACCUCCCGCCUUUUGGGAAUAUAGUAACUUGGAUAAGAAUUCAUAUAUGCCUACCUUUCAAUCCUUACACCCUUGUGAUGGCUUGGUGUCCGGUGCUGCAGUUAAACCAGUUUUAAUGCAAAGUGGUUUAUCGAAUGAUACACUUGCUCAAAUCUGGCGUUUGGCUGAUUGGGAUAAUGAUGGUUAUAUGAAUGCUGAUCAAUUUGGAGUGGCUAUGCACUUGAUUAAGGCAGUUGAAUUAGGUGCUGAGUUACCAGCUAAAUUACCAACAAGCAUGAUGCCUACUCGCAAAAUUUAGAUUUUUUUUUUUUGUACAUUUC